ACUGGGAGGCAGCGCCUCGCCACCGGACCGGGCCCUGAGCUCGGCUGAGGGCAGGUGGCAGCAGGGAGCUUGGUCUGCUUCGCGAAGCAGCCGCAGGAGGCAGGAGCUUGCUCCACUCGUGUCCGGGAAGGCAGCACCUGAGAGGGGGAGCAGCCCUCGGGUAAAGGCCGCAGCGGGGUCACGCCGAACCGGGGCCGUGGAGAGCUUGGCCCGGCGGCCGAGGGGGCUUGCCGCGCGCCGCCGCCAUCUUGCGGCUGACUCCUCUCCCUUCGCCGGCGGACGCCGCGCAGCCCUGUGCCCCGGCCCACCCGCAGCCCACCCGCGGGCCCUGCUCUGGGCCGGCCCGGGCCUGCCCUCCGGAGCGCUCAGCGAGCGGCGGGAGGCGGUGCGAGACAGACAUUCAGUCCCCGGCCCCACCGGCUGCGAGUGCCGGCUGGCGGGGCGGGGCAGGCCGGGCCGGGCCGGCCCUCCCCUCCUGGGCCGCGGUACCGGCGGGGUCGGCCUUGGACAGGCUCUCACCUUGGUAGAGUACAAAUCCUCUACAUGUGCCCCUGUGCCAAGGCGCCUUCCAAAAGCUAAGUAGAUGAGAUCAUUUCAUACUCUCUUUGUGGAAGAGGUGGCGAAAGGAAAUGGAUAGCUAUUCAGACUUCGAUGCAGAGAACCUCUCAACUAUAGCUAAUAUGUCUAUUUCUUUGCCUGGACAAAUCGGACUCAAUGCCACCAGCGAUACUCCUUCUAUGUCAAUAAGUAGGCUUUUCCCAGCCCUGUUAGAAUGCUUUGGAAUAAUUCUUUGUGGCUACAUAGCUGGAAGAGCCAACAUCAUCACAUCAACUCAGGCCAAAGGACUGGGAAAUUUUGUGUCCCGUUUUGCACUCCCAGCUCUAUUGUUCAAAAACAUGGUGGUACUUAACUUUUCCAAUGUGCAUUGGUCCUUCCUGUACAGUAUUUUAAUUGCCAAAGCUGCUGUGUUUUUCUUAGUCUGUGUUUUAACAUUGUUGGUAGCCAGUCCUGAGAAUCGAUUUAGCAAAGCAGGUUUGUUCCCUAUUUUUGCUACACAAAGCAAUGACUUUGCACUGGGAUAUCCAAUAGUUGAAGCUUUAUAUCAAACCACAUACCCAGAAUAUCUCCAGUACAUUUACCUAGUGGCUCCAAUAUCUCUUAUGAUGCUAAACCCUCUGGGGUUUAUCCUCUGUGAAAUCCAGAAGUGGAGGAAUAAUCGCACUGUGUCACACAGCAAAAUCAAAAUAGUGGGCCUAGCACUCCUGCGAGUUUUGCAGAAUCCAAUUGUGUUCAUGGUCUUCAUAGGAAUUGCCUCAAACUUUAUUCUUGGCCAGAAAAUUCCCGAAUACCUUGAAAACUUCCUUGAUGGACUGGGCAGUUCAUUUUCUGGCUCUGCACUUUUUUACCUUGGAUUAACUAUGGUGGGACAAACAAAAAAACUGACAAAGGGUAUGUUUGUUGCACUGAUCCUUCUCAUCACAGCUAAACUACUUAUGAUGCCAUUUCUCUGUAGAGAAAUGGUGGAACUCUUGGACAAGAGUGACAGCAUAGUCAACCACACCAGUUUAUCAAACUAUGCAUUUCUUUAUGGAGUUUUUCCAGCAGCACCUGGUGUUGCGAUAUUCGCAAGUCAAUUUAAUAUGGAAGUAGGAAUUAUUACCUCAGGCAUGGUAAUAAGCACUUUUGUGUCUGCACCUAUUAUGUAUGUUUCUGCAUGGCUGUUGACCAUACCAUCUAUGGACCCCAACCCACUGGCAUCUGCUCUCCAAAAUGUUAGCUUUGACAUAAGUAUUGUCAGCCUCAUUUCUCUGAUGUGGUCUCUUAUUGUUGUUCUUCUGAGUAAGAAAUACAAACAGCUUCCUCAUAUGAUUACAACAAAUCUACUUGUUGCUCAGUUUAUUGCUUGCAUUGGAAUGGUGGCAUGGAAUUUCAUUGUUAAACAGAAAGACCUUACUGUGCAGAUCCUCGUAUUUAUAUUCCUCUACAGCUCACUUUAUAGCACCUACCUGUGGACAGGUUUUCUAUCUUUCUCUUUGUUUCUAUUGAGGAAGAGAGAAACAGUAAAGAUUCCCAUUGGGUUUAUUAUCAUAGCUGGAUGGGGAGUCCCAACACUACUGGUGGGAAUCUUACUAAUUGUUGGUGAACAUAACAGCAGUAGUAUUGACUCUGCAUUUUUCUAUGGAAAAUAUCAGAUAAUUACCACAGCAGGGGUCCUGUUCGUCAGUAUAUUGAUGUCAGGUAUCUCACUAAUGUGCAUGAACAGAAAUAGGCAAGAGUCAAGCUAUGAGGUAUUGAACCCAUAUUCACCACGUAGCCAAGUAGAGGAGGUUGAAGUGGGAGGGAAUGAGGGGAAUCGAGCUUCAGCCACUGUGCCUCAGCCUUCUCCAAGUUCUUCUGCACAGGCUUCUCCAGGUUCUUCUGCACAGCCUUCUCCAGGAUCUUCUGCACAGCCAUCAGCAGCAAGAGGUUGCUGUUCUUGUCAAACGACAAAUGGUGAAUUAUCCUGUGCUAAAGAAAACAAAGCAGUGUCAAAUGCUGUUGAAAGCAAGGUUCUUCCAAUUGAGACAGCUGAUCAGUGCAUGAGUCAUUGCAGUGCUCAAACCUGUGUAUUGGCACAGGAAGAACAGCUUCUACAGACCGGAGACAAACAGCUGGCCAGACACGUGCUGCUAUGUCUACUUCUUAUUGUUGGCCUGUUUGCUAAUCUUUCCAGUUGUUUGUGGUGGCUGUUCAACCAAGAGCCUGGAAGGCUGUAUGUGGAAUUGCAGUUCUUCUGUGCUGUGUUUAAUUUUGGUCAGGGCUUCAUUUGCUUUGGUAUUUUUGGCUUAGAUAAGCAUUUAAUCAUUCUACCGUUCAAGCGAAGACUUGAGUUCUUCUGGGGAGGAAGAGAGGCAGCAGGGCACACAGAUCCCUGUGUACCUGAGGAAAUCAGGAUGACCUGUCAACAGUUUGUUCAUUACCAUAGAGAUCACUGUGUCAAAAGUAUUGUCAAAGGUAGAAGGUGUGGUGCAAAGAUCUCCACUGGCAUCUUCUUUGGCUGUGACCUGGUGAACUGGCUCAUGCAAGUUGGCCUUGCCUCUGACCGUGGUGAAGCUGUGGUGUAUGGAGACAGACUGAUGAAAGGAGGCGUCAUCCAGCAUAUUACGAAUGAAUUUGAAUUUCGGGAUGAAUAUCUGUAUUACCGCUUUAUUCCUAAGAGAUCAGUUGCAGUUGAGAGCCAUUGACCUGAAUGUGUAGUCAGAGUACAGGCAGUUAGGGGUGAGUGUGAACACCUCCUCUGCCUUCACCACUGAAAUUGGAAGUAUUCGGGGCUCUCAGAUAAUUUUUAUUCUCUCUUGUAAAGUUAGGAGAUGUGGUUCUACUUGUGCCUGUUCUGAAGGAAAUGGUAGCAAGUGGUACUUAGGGAGCAUUCCAAACAAAAUGCAAUAGAACAAAACAAGAUGCUCUAGAUUUAGAGCAUUUUUUUUUCACCAUUUUGAGCAAAACAAAUAGUAAAAUGAUGUGUCACUGUCAUAUUAUAUAGAGGCAUUAUUAGAGGCAGCUUUAGUGACUGAUGCCACAGUGGGGAAAAAACCAAUAUGAAUGAGGGGUAUUUUUCAUGUUGCUGUAUGUUUUCCAUAAUUUAAUAUGAUAAAAUACUGAUUCCUUUUCACAGUCAGGCAUCUCCUGAUUUCAUAAAAGUAGAAUUUCUUCUAUCAUAUCUCAGUUUUUAAUACUCCACUCCUUUCUAACACCAAGAACUUGUUCAAGUUGUUUACACCUCAGAUCAGGUGGCUUGUUUCUCACAUCAUUCUGAUGUCAGAGUGUUAAAGCUGAGGAAAUAUUGAGUGGAACAAAUAAUGAUUUUGUACAAAUUUACUAAAUCUUAAAAACCUCAAGAUACCCAACGUUCUCCCAGAUAAUGGAAAUGAGAUAAUGGAAUUUCAGAUAAGCAAGUGGUUCUGUACUUUUGCCUUAUGGUGAUAGUAACUUUGUCAAGAGUAGAUUUUUGCCUUCUGAUUUAACCGUUCCAGUUUAAUUCAGAAGUGCCAGCCUCAAGUAAAGAUGUUAUGGAAGCACUGGAUACCUGUGCAAGUCAGGAUGAAAAAUUUAUCAACUCCUAAAACCUUUUAAAUGAAAUAGAGUGACUUUUUUGAAUCUACUAUAUAAAGAAUCCUAACUGAACAUCCGAGUUGGGGUUUAGAGUAGCUAAAGAUCCUAAAGUUUUAGUAUUGGUUGCCUAACAUGGGUUUAUAAUAAGCCUCAGGUACCCUCCUAUGAUGUUGAAAUAGUUAAUGUAGUGUCAUUCAGAUUCCUCUGCACUGAAGGCAGAAUCUGAUAAUCAGUGUGUCUUCUGCAGUAUUUUGCUAAGGUUGAAGACAAACUGUAGUAUCUGAUAGCCAUUAUGCUGCCCUGUUAAAACUGCAGGAACAGCAUUUUUAUAGCUAUAUAAAAAUUUCAUAGUGAGGGAAAGGAUCCCAGGUAUUUAAAAAAAAUUUUUUUUUUUUUGCUCAAGCAUAUGAAUAAUUUCUCAUCCUUUUUUUUAAAAAAAAAAAAAGUCUUUCCCUGGUUUUGCUCUUGUUUUUUUUAGUACACAGAUUUUUAUUACAGCUCCUAUGCACCUACUUUGUAUUAAAAGUGAUUUUAGCAGCAUAACCUACUGUUCAAGAAACAGUUGCUUUGUGGUAGCUCUAACUCCAUGCAAGACUUAGAUUGGAAAAAAAUCCUAUUACUGUCAGUCACACUGCACUUCUGCAGUGUGCACAGAAACACAACUGCAUGCAACUGCAUAUGUGUGCUAUACAAACUGACAUAUUUUAAUGUUUUCCAGCAGCAGAAUAAUUGACAUUUAUAUCGGGCUGUGGCCACAAAGGAAAACAAUAGUGCUGAAGACAGCUAUAUCAAAUAUUUUGGAAUAAUUAGAUAUGUGUGACUUAAGAGCAGAAGCCAUGUGUAUGUCUGGCUUCUAAAUACUGUAACUUGUCAAUAAAUCUGUUACUUGAUUUCAGA